GACCCGCUGCACCACAAGAAGCUGCUCUCCAUGCACACCGGACACACUGCGAAUAUUUUCUCUGUCAAGUUCCUGCCUCAUGCUGGGGACCGCAUCUUGAUCACGGGGGCAGCUGACUCCAAGGUGCAUGUCCAUGACCUGACAGUAAAGGAGACGAUCCACAUGUUUGGAGACCACACGAACCGAGUGAAACGCAUCGCCACGGCGCCCAUGUGGCCCAACACGUUCUGGAGUGCUGCUGAGGAUGGACUUAUCCGCCAGUAUGACCUUCGGGAUAACAGCAAGCACUCAGAAGUGCUGAUUGACCUGACAGAGUACUGUGGCCAGCUGGUGGAGGCUAAGUGCCUCACCGUCAACCCGCAGGACAACAACUGCCUGGCAGUGGGGGCCAGUGGGCCCUUUGUGCGGCUCUACGACAUCCGCAUGAUCCAUAACCACAGAAAGAGCAUGAAGCAGAGCCCUUCCGCGGGUGUGCACACCUUCUGUGACCGACAGAAGCCCCUUCCAGAUGGUGCCGUCCAGUAUUAUGUAGCAGGUCACCUGCCCGUGAAGCUGCCUGACUACAACAACCGUCUGAGAGUGCUGGUUGCUACCUAUGUGACCUUCAGCCCCAACGGCACAGAGCUGCUGGUCAAUAUGGGAGGGGAACAGGUCUAUUUGUUUGACCUGACGUAUAAACAGCGGCCGUAUACCUUCCUCUUGCCUAGAAAAUGCCAUUCUUCAGGGGAAGUCCAGAAUGGCAAGAUGUCCACCAACGGUGUGUCAAACGGUGUGUCCAACGGCCUGCACCUGCACAGCAAUGGCUUCCGGCUUCCAGAUAGUAGAGGACAUGUUAGUCCCCAGGUAGAGCUGCCCCCAUACCUGGAGCAUGUGAAACAGCAAGCCAAUGAGGCGUUUGCCUGCCAGCAGUGGACCCAGGCAAUCCAGCUUUACAGCAAGGCUGUGCAGAGGGCCCCUCACAGUGCCAUGCUCUACGGGAACCGAGCUGCUGCCUACAUGAAGCGCAAGUGGGAUGGUGACCACUACGAUGCUCUGAGGGACUGCCUCAAGGCCAUCUCCCUAAAUCCAUGCCAUCUGAAGGCACACUUCCGCCUGGCCCGCUGCCUCUUUGAGCUCAAGUACGUGGCUGAGGCCCUGGAGUGCCUGGACGACUUCAAAGGGAAGUUCCCGGAGCAGGCCCACAGCAGUGCUUGCGACGCGCUGGGCCGCGACAUCACCGCGGCCCUCUUCUCCAAGAGCGAUGGUGAAGAGAAGAAGGGAGCUGGUGGGGGCGGCCCAGUCCGCCUUCGCAGCACGAACCGCAAGGACUCCAUCUCGGAGGAUGAGAUGGUGCUGAGGGAGCGAAGUUACGACUAUCAGUUCCGCUACUGUGGCCACUGCAACACCACGACGGACAUCAAGGAGGCCAACUUCUUUGGCAGCAAUGCUCAGUACAUCAUCAGUGGCUCUGACGAUGGCUCCUUCUUCAUCUGGGAAAAGGAGACCACCAAUCUGGUGCGCGUGCUCCAAGGAGAUGAGUCCAUCGUCAACUGCCUGCAGCCGCACCCCAGCUACUGCUUCCUGGCCACCAGCGGCAUUGACCCUGUUGUACGGCUUUGGAAUCCCCGGCCGGAGAGCGAAGACCUCGCUGGCCGAGUUGUGGAAGACAUGGAAGGCGCCUCUCAGGCCAACCAGCGGCGCAUGAACGCCGACCCGCUGGAGGUGAUGCUGCUCAACAUGGGCUACCGGAUCACGGGCCUGAGCAGUGGGGGCGCGGGGGCCUCCGACGACGAGGACAGCUCCGAGGGCCAGGUGCAGUGCCGGCCCAGCUAGGCCCGCCAGGUCCCGGUCCCCAACCCCUGCUGUGGCUGGAGCUCGGCCCUGGGCAGGAGGUCAGGGUGUUCUGUUUGGGUUUGUCUUCCCACCUACCCCGUUUUAGGUCUCCGUUUUGUUUGUUUCGUUUUCAUUUCCCGUUUUGUUAGUUUGGCAUUGGGGCUGGGAGGUUACUACAGCUCGCUGGCUCUCGAACUCUAGGGCUGAUUUCCUCAGACUGUCGCCAGCCCAUGUGGAAGUCCCACCCCUGCAGGCCCACCUCCUGCUUCCAGGACCCUGGAGGCCUCCUAGUCUCAGACCCCUCUGCUGCCCUGCCCCCAGGAGGCAGCAGGAAGGGGAGUGAAUUUUCCUGUCUGGUAAGGGCUAGCCUUGACCUGGUGCCACUCUUCCUGGCCAGCGAGGCUUGUCCCCUGUGUCUUCAGGGACCGUUCUGAGAAGGGAUGGGUCCCACCUUCCCUCAGGGCCACCAGUGUAGGGUGGGAGCAGAAGGCAGAGUGGGAGCCCCCGUGUGGGCCAGGCCUGGGGGUAGCAGAGCAUCCUCCCCUGCCCCUAUCCCCACCCCCACCCUCCAGCACUGACUCUGGGCCCUGCACCCGCUCUCACUGGCUCAGCCUGUCCUGCGGGCCUGGCCAAGUGGGCAGUGCACCAUACCCCCACCCCACCGCCCUGCCACACUCCUGGGCGCUCCUCGGCCUCACUGUGAGCUCCGGCCAGGCCUGCUCUUGCGGAGGUGGCGGUCCCUGCCCUUCUGCCCUCCGCCCACCUUCUGCUGAGCCGCCACAAAGACCAAAGAAGUGAUGGCUUCUCUCUCUGUCCCUGCUGCUCCCAGGGGAGGGCUGGGUCUCCAACUCAGCCCUUCCCUCCUCAGCAGCCCAAGCUUUACACUGGAUGCAGCGCUCACCCCACCACGCACCAAGCCUCCCCUACCCUCAGCCCCCUGGGCGCUCCGCCGGCCAUUCAUCCUCCACCACCCCCACCUCCUCCUCACUUCCUCUUUCCAGCCCUCCAGCUGCAGCCUGGGGGAGAAGCAGCCUCUCUUCUUCCCGCCUCCCCCCACUCCCCCCCAGCCCCGUCUCUGCCAGGUGCCUCCUCUCAGUCAGGCCGCAGAGCAGCCCUGGAGACCUGAGGGCCAGGGAAAAGCUUUUUCACAGUUUUAAGAAGAAGGGGGCGGGGGUGAGAGUAGUGGUGGGGGGUCUGGCACCAACUCGUUAUUGCUUUAAUCCCAGCAACACAGGUGGCAGCUUCUCCCCCUCUCCACCACCACCCCCCCAGUCCCUCUUCCCCACCCGUUCUGCUCGCUCGCUAGCUCUCUCCUCGCUUGGUAAUGAAGUAUAUUUAUUGGUGAAGGAAACAGCUGCUGCUGCUGCUGCUCCUGCUGCUGGGACUUGCUCCCAUGUCUCCUCUGUGACCUUUCUCUAGCCAGGCGGGGAGAGGGGGAGCAGUGGGGCUGGGGCCUGGGGCCCAGGGACCCGCCUGGAGCCACUGAGCUUUCCUGUGUACAAGCCACCUGCCAUUCCCUCCGGCCUCCCACCCAGCCUGGGCCCUGCAGUGUGGAGAGACACACAAGCCUUACUGUCCUCUGGGGCAGGAGCCGAGCCUUUUGUUGCUCUGCUCCCAGGAGAGUGAGGGUGACGCAAUUGAUUAAAACCAUUUUGUUCUA